CGUCUUUAAGGUUUGUUUUGUUUAUAUUCCCGAUUACUAGUUCAGCAGAUAAUCAGGUUCAGAAGAAUAAAACGUACAAUUGGUGUUUCCCGAAAUUUUCAAAAGUUCUUUUUAACAGCUGGUUGAAAAAGUCGGACCUUAUGACCAUGUCGCACGCUCCGGCUGUGCAGCAACAAUGCCGCUUGUGUCUUCACUACAACGAAACUGCUGACGAUUCAGAGUUGCUGACGGAUAUUUUCACCCCGGAUGAGUUUUCGGAAACUUCGAUGAUCGAUAAAAUUCGUGAUUGUUUAGGUAUAUUCAUUGCGCCGUCCGACAAUGCGGUGCGGUUCGUGUGUUGCAAUUGCGCUCGAACGGUAGAACUAAUAGACGAGUUCCGAAUUCUCUGCCAUCAGACAGCAGAAGUGUACGACUCACUUCGAAUCAAACGCUCUACGGCGGAUGCAGAUAGUCGGCAACAGUACUGCACAGCUGUCAGCACACUUCGAACAUUUGUGCGCCAGCUACAGGGUGCGGUCAAUGAUGCACUGUGCAAAACUAAGGCCGAGGAGGAUGACGUUGAGGAACUCAAGGCUGAGAACAUCAAGAAUGAAACGGCAACUGAGGAGGAGCUGGAACGUGGCCAUCUGCUGAGUGGUGGCUCUGAACCGAUAAUUGAUUUUGUGGUAGUCAAAGUUGAAGCCCUGGAGCCAAUAGAACCAGUGACUGAUAUUGUCAACGAAAGCAACGAUAAUGAUCGUUUGACAAUAGCUUUGAAAAUAGGUAUUGCACAGGAAGUGAAACAGCGCCCGGAACUGUGGGAUAUUUCCUUUACCAGUUCGGCUCAAACAAUUAACGAAAGCUGGACCGAGCUGGCAUGUAAAUUAGGAUUAGAUAUAGCGACUCUCAGGCGCCAUUGGCGUCGCAUUCGAGAUGGCUACCGCGAACUGCAGAGACGCGAGUCUCUUGGUGAUAGCCUGUUUCUUGAGGAUUCGACUACGGCCCAAUUGUUUUCACUCUGUAAACACAUGUUCGAUAGUGCUCCGAAACAAACAGUGCAGCGACGCGAGCAGUCUAAAUUAGAGGAAAGCGCUAACGAGGCAGCGUCUGCAGGGGAACACCAGAAGAUGGCUCAUUUGCGGGUAAUUUACAAGCAUCCGGUUCUGUGGAACGUCAAGCAUAUAGACUACCACAGCCGAGAGGCGCGUGAGAACGCUUGGGAUCUAAUUGGCGAAGAACUGAAUGUUUCUGCUAAGGAUGCCAAACGCAGCUGGAGAAAUAUGCGGGACAUGUAUCGGCUUCGGGCUAGACGCUUAGCAGGAGGUAAAAUAUCCAAGGAGGAUUUUCUUAUUAAUCAGCCUCUGUACAAGAUAUUGGACGAAAUGCUGAGCUGUGUCCCCGCUCGAGGCAGUCCGAAAGAACCCAAGCUCGAUGCAAGUCACAGUGAGCAGGAAGCAGCGACGGGUGUUUCCUAUAAAGUGUUCGAGAACGAUAAACGAUUGCAGUUUGCUCAGAUCUGCUAUGGGCACGAAAUCUUGUGGAAUAACCAACAUCCGGAUUACAAUGUUGGCGCGAAAAAGGAUAAAGUUUGGGAUGAAAUCGCACUACAGAUGGAGGUAACGCGGGCCGAAGCACGAUACCAGUGGAGUCGUUUGCGAGGAGUUUAUCGAGGACGCCGUUUACGGCUACUUGAUGGUUCGAUUGCUAUCGACGAUCCUAUUUUGAAUGAUCCUCUGUACAAACUGUUGGAAGAUAUGCUAGGUGAAAGCAUGCAAAUUGGCAAGAAAAGUGGAGUUUUAAUGUCGGCCCAACAACACGCUAGUGGACCAUUCCAAAGCAUAGAACAGCAGACUGAAUUGCUUGAAGAAAUUGCCAAAUAUGAGCUCCUUUGGAGUCCAAAUCAUUCCGACCACUUCAGAGCGGAAAUGCGUACUGCGGCUUGGAAAAAAGUUGCCGCAAAAUUUGAAGUUAAUCCACUAGCCGUGAAAACAGAAUGGAAACGUUUGAAAGAUGUACACGUCUCCCGGGAAGAUCAAGCGCAGGAUACGGAUACCAAACGACUGCUAGUACUAUUACAAAGAUUACUGCCACCCGCGGAGAAACCCUCCGUGACAGUAGAACAAAGACCCGACGAGAGCAAGCGGAGGAAGCCAAGAGUUGGCGCUGAAUCGAAGCGACGAUUUCGUGGCAAGAAAACCUACGAUAGUGUGGGAUGCGUCAAAAUGGAUCGUAACGGUACCAUGCGGCAUCACAAAAUCUGUGAGCUGUGCGGCAAGCCGGUUGAGCGGUCAAUGUUCGAGUACCACAUGAAUCAACACAAUGGCGUUCGACCGUACGCGUGCUCCUUCGAGGGUUGUGAUAAGCGGUACAGCAACAAGAUCACUCGCGAUCGCCACGAGGUGAUGCUGCACGGGGACGAUGGCUUCAAAUUCGACUGUGAUCAGUGCGGGGCAAAGUUCAAACAGAGGGCCAAGUUCGAGUUCCACUAUGCCGUCAAGCACAAGAGUGAAGAUGUUCCGUGUAAUAUUUGUGGGAAAUUACUGAAACAUCGGCAUCUCCUGCGAAAACAUAUCGAGUUGCAUACAAGCAGUUUCACAUGCAAAGUGUGCGGCAAAGUGCUGCAGAAGAAAUGGUCAUUGAAUGUGCACAUGCGAGUUCACACCCAGGAAAAGCCGUAUCCCUGUGAACUCUGCGAGCUGCGCUUCAUGUUGAAGGUGCAAAUGAAAACGCAUUUGCUCAAAGUGCACGGAGUUCUACUGGAAGAUAUUGAAGCAGCCAAGGCUAAUCUUGCGGGCCCAGCUUAGCCAAACGAUGAGAGUUACUGGUAAAAUAAAAUAAAAUAAAAAAGGAAUUCAUAUCAA